CAACUCCCAGGCGCCCGCGCGCCGCCUCGCCUCUCCCAUGGCACGUGAUCCGCGCGACCUGGGCGCGGUAGAGCAGCAAUCCUACCGAGUCCCGUCCCGAACCGCGAGUGGACUGACGCGACCCGGGCGGCCGCCCAGUGCGCAGCACCAUGGCGAUGCAUUUCAUCUUCUCAGAUAAGGCUGUGCUUCUGUUUGAUUUCUGGAGAGUCCACAGUCCUACAGGCAUGGCCCUCUCAGUGCUAGUAGUCUUGCUCCUGGCUAUAUUAUAUGAGGGCAUCAAGGUUGGCAAAGUCAAGUUGUUCCACAAGACUCUGGAGAAUCUGCCUAAUACCAGCAGCCAGCAGCUCAUCCUGGGAUCAGACCAGGAUUCUACAGGCUCUGGAUCAACUUCAGCCAAUGGUACCCGCCUCAGGUGGUUUUUGUGGUACUUGGGCCAGUCCCUAGUCCAUGUCAUUCAGGUGGUCAUUGGCUACUUCGUGAUGCUGGCUGUAAUGUCCUACAACACCUGGAUUUUCCUGGGCGUGGUCUUGGGCUCAGCUGUGGGCUACUACCUAGCCUACCCACUUCUCAACAUGACUUAGUGGGCCACAGCUGGAAAGAGCUGGGGCCUAUGCUCUGGGCAUUGCACUUCCAGCUGCUGUUUCUUACAAUGGUCGUUGCUCACCUCUUUCCCAGUUCCUGGCAACUUUGAUGAGCUGAAGCCAGGAAAUUGUCCUUGGAGCUUAGAGGACAUUGGAGCUACCUCCCUUCCCAGCCUGGCCUACAUAGGGCCCAGGCCUCCUGUGGUGCCUUAAGCAAAUGGCUGUGACUAAAGGGAACAUGGAGAGACUGAAACCUGGAGUCAGGGUAGCUAGGCCUGUGACCAUACACCUCAGACUGCAAAUUAAAAAUUUCCAAAGAGCUUCAGUGAGGAAGGCCAUGGAACCUGGAUACCCUCUUCUGCUUUGUGCCUUAAUACCAGGAGCAUCUCCAGUCUUGGGGGAUGGACCAUGCCAGCUCCUUCUCACCUUUUGCCUUAGAACACAUAAAGACUGUCAUUGACAAACAGGUUUUUCACCUUGAACUCCUGGUUGGCAAUUUUGCACAUUUAUACAAAACAAAGUUUCUAAUGAGCUCACUGUGUCUGUUGAGACCCAUCUCCCUUAUUUAGGGAAGACUGAUGCUGCUGACUAAAGGCAGAGAGCCAAGCCUGUUAGCAAGGCUACAGACAUGUCCGCUGUGCAGAUAAGCCCUUUUCAUUUGAUAGCACGGCAUGAAGCAGCUUAGUCUCAUGACCGGGGCCUUACCCUAACCUCUUGUGUGCAUCACAGAGAGCAGCAUUUCUAACAGAGCUGCCUGCCCCUUGUUUCUUACUUGCUGCUAACUCCUAAUGACCUGGUAGGGAGCCGUGAGUCAGUCACUGAAGUACUGAUUCAGCGAGGUGUGUGUGUGGGGUAUGUCAGAAGGGAAGUGACUGAGGGUGCAAUAUGCAAUCAGACCAAAGCCAGGUCAUGUUAAGAGUUAACUGGACUCCUGGUAUUUGAGCCCUUUUGAUUUUACAGAUAAAAGUUAAGAGACUGGAAUGGGGACACAUACCUGUAAUCCCCAGUACUCAGGAGAGUGAACCUGGAGAUUAUGGGUUCGAGGGCAGCCUGGACUACAUACAGAGUUCCAGGCUAGCCUGGGAUGCACAGUGAAACACACACACACACACACACACACACAGAGCAGUGAUUGCUACACACUAGUGUCUAUGUUCAAGUACUGCCUGGACUCAAUGAAAAGAUGGUUUUAAGCUUUGGGAAUUAAAAACAUACACUUUAAUAAAUUUCUAUUUUUGAACAGUC